AUGUUCCUAUCAGCGUUGGUUCUUGUCGUUUUCCUGAGUCUACAACUGGCACUAUCAAUACCUCCUAGGAAUUUUUUGAAUGAACCAACAAAGCUGUUGACCGGUGAUCUGAAUGGAUACGGUCAUUCAGAUGAGGAGAUCAUUGAGGAACCAAUUGAAAUUGGUAAAAGACGCUAUGUUAUACGAAUUCCGUUCGCUUCUUACGCCAAUUUCCGCUCUGCACCAAUUGUUUCCAGGAAUGUGCCAAUUUUGUAUCCAGAAAUAAAAAAAGUUCGCACUUUAAUCAGUUUUAUCUAA